UGUUCUCUAGGGGGAUAUUGGCCGGCGUUUUUGAGAAACCCUUCCUCCAUCAGCAUAGCAUCAUAUCAUCGCGUUGAACUUUUGCUAAUUUUUCAUUCCUGCCAGACAGUAGUUCUCCCACAGCUCUCAGCAAAUCAAUUCUCAAACUGAGCUUUGUUUAGCUUUCAAAAUGUUUACCCCGAACUUUCUAGGAAUGAUGGGCAAGCCCAUAGCCGGCCAACUAGGCAUGGCUGUAGCCUUCACGAUUAUUCUCGGUUUAAUAAUUCAUAUACUCCGUAUGAGAGUUUUUCAUCCCCUCCGGCGGUACCCUGGGCCCUGGCUCAACAGCAUCACUCAAGUUCCUGCCGCGUGGGCACUUCUUAAAGCUCGACAGCCCAAGGCCUACCGGGAACUGCACGAAAAAUAUGGCCCUAUUGUCCGAGUUGCGCCCAACGAACUCAGUUUUAUCAAUGUAGAGGCUUGGGAUGAUAUUUACGGAUUCCAUAAAUCGACACCCAACUUUGAAAAGAGUCCAGUCUUUAUAGGGGCCGUUUCACCACUGAACGGACAAACUGGUAUCAGCCUGGCCAACAAUGAAGAGCAUACGAGACAGCGACGUGCACUAGCGGCUCCCUUCACCAACCGUGCUUUGCUACAGCAGCAGGAUAUCCUUCAAGUCCACGUCGACAAGCUUAUGACGGCACUGCGCACCAAGGCGCGGAACAAGGAAUCAGUCAAUCUUGGCGAGUGGUAUACAUACACAACUUUCGACAUCAUUGGUGAUAUUUGUUUUGCAGAGCCAUUUGGAUGUUUGGACGGCGGAGAGUCCAACGACUGGGCUCGGGCCAUCAUCAACAUCUUCAAGGCGGCUACUUGGGACCAAGCAAUCAGAAGGGUUGCCGGGACAGGCACCCUACUACACAAGGCCCUGGUCAAGAUAAUCAUACCAGCCGAGGCGGCACAGUGGCGCACCAUCCACUUCUCCAACUCAAAGGCCAAGACGCUAGCGCGGCUCGCAGACCCAGACCGCCAGCAUCCAGACCUCAUCAAGCACAUCCUCGACAGCGAGGACUCUCGCGCCGCCCUGAGCCCGACCGAGAUCAUCCUGAACAUGGUGCUCUUCAUCAGCGCCGGCAGUGAAACCACCGCCAACACCAUGACGGGCUGGACCUACUUUAUGCUGCGGCACCCGGCUGCCCGGGCUCGCGCCACCGCAGAGGUGCGCGCCGCCUUUGCAUCGCCGCGUGACAUCAAGUGGGAGACUGUGCGGGCUCUUCCGUAUCUCAACGCGACGCUCGAGGAGGCCCUCCGACUCUUCUCGCCGGCGCCAUCGAACCAGCCGCGGGUGGUGCCGUUAUGCGGCGCCGUGGUUGCCGGGUGUGCGCUGCCGGCCGGCACGACCGUAUCGGUGGCUCCGUGGGCGGCCGUCUUUUCGCCCAUCAACUUUGCCGACCCGGAGAAGUUUGCGCCUGAGCGCUGGCUCGAGGAAGGCGCCGACCCUCGGUACGCCGGCGAUCGCCAUGCCGCUUCGCAGCCCUUCAGCACGGGGCCGCGUGGCUGCAUGGGCAAGAACCUGGCCUACUUUGAGCUGCGCCUCGUGCUGGCCCACCUGCUCUGGCACUUUGAUCUCGAGCCCACCGACAGCGCCGCCGGCCGCGAGUGCAUGCGGCGCUGGGAUGAGACUGACAUGGAUACGUAUCAGACCUGGAUGAAGCCCGAUCUCUGGGUAGAAUUGAAGGAAGCCAAGCGGUAG